ACCUCCGCACAACUUAUCCUCACUAAGGUUACAAAACCCCCCACCCAAAAUUGAAACUUCACAAAUUCCCGCAUCAAUUCGUCACUCGCUCUCUCAGAAACCAGAACACAAACACUUCAUCUGCAACAAUGGCGACGAAGAAGGCGAUGGAAGUCGUGAAGGGCCUGGAUCUGCAGCGCUACAUGGGGCGGUGGUACGAGAUUGCCUCCGUUCCGUCGCGGUUUCAGCCCAAGAACGGCGAGAACACGCGUGCCACCUACACUCUGAAAGACGACGGCACCGUGAAUGUGCUGAACGAGACUUGGACAGACGGGAAGAGGGGAUUCAUCGAGGGCACCGCCUACAAGGCGGACCCGAAUAGCGACGAGGCGAAACUGAAGGUGAAGUUUUAUGUUCCGCCAUUUCUGCCGAUCAUUCCUGUCACGGGGGAUUACUGGGUUUUGUUCAUUGAUGAGGAUUAUCAGUACGCUUUGAUUGGCCAGCCUAGCAGGAAUUCCCUUUGGAUAUUAAGCAGGCAGCCUCAUCUGGAUGAAGAAAUAUACAACCAGCUGGUCCAAAGGGCGGCGGACGAGGGCUACGAUGUGAGCAAACUCCACAAGACGCGGCAGAGCGAGAGUCCGCCGGAGGGAGAAGAAGGCCCCAAAGACACCAAGGGCAUCUGGUGGUUCAAAUCCAUCUUCGGAAGAUAGAGAUAAUCAUAUUUGGGGGUCUGAGUGACUAUGUAUGUAUUUGUAAUAAGAAACACUGAGAACCCCCACUUCCCAACUUGUAGACAGACUCUACCCUAGCAGUGACGUCGUUUUGUGAUUAUGUUAGUUGCUGUACUGUAACAACGUUGAUCGUUCUAAAGUUUCCAUCAAGUUGGUUUUCUUA